AUGGAAGACCGCGAGGCAUGGCUCCUUUGCUUCUUGCAGGCUGCGCCAGUCAGCGCAGCAGGCAGCGAGAGGGAGUUCAGUUCGAUUUCAUGUGGGGCUGACUACACCCUGGCUGUCACAACGGAGCGGCGCUCAGCAUGCAGGAUCCUGAGCCUGAAACUCUCGGCUCGCGUUCGCCGCUUCGCCGCCGGUGAAGCUGAAGAUGGCAUGGCGAUCUGCUGGGAAUGCCUGGAGGGCACAUGGACGAAGAUCCAGGAUCUCUUGCUGGCUGCGGGCAUCUCGGGCGUUGCGAAGGCAACGCAUCAUGACUUGCUCGACUUGGUUACCGAGCUGGAGAGCAUCCAGGAAAGCCGAGUGUCGGUGGACCAGGGGUUGCUUGCAGAUCUCAUCCGCAAGUACGACUCUCAGAUGCAGAGCUCACUGCCCCCAAGGCGAGCACCGGACUACUUGCCGUUUGAUCUGCCCGUGGACGAGCGGGAGUACAAGAUGCUUCCGCUCCCGAGCGAGACCCUCAGGCCCAUCCUGGAAGGCACCACAGCCUCCGAGCUGUUGGACCAUUUGAGGGACGAAUUUGAUGUCCCACUGCAUCCGCACUUUGUGCUGCGGAUUCUGGAACUAUCUAUUGAUCUCUACCAGAAGCGCAACGAAAUGCAUGGCCCGGUCAUGAAGCUCCAGGUGCCCGGUGUCUGCUUGGACGCAGGAGCAGUGCAGGUAAAUGUCGCCGAAACUGGCCGAGCUGGGCCAUCCAGGAUUGUGGUGCUGGGUGACACCCACGGGCAAUUGGCAGAUGUACUUUGGGCAGUUUCCGAGCUGGGACUUCCGACGGAGAAGAACGUGUACGUGGUCAACGGCGAUGUUGCAGAUCGCUGCGACUGGUCAACGGAGAUCUUCAUGCUGUUCCUCACGAUCAUGCUGCAGUAUCCUAAUGACCCUGUCGUUGUCAUCAAUCGUGGCAACCACGAGUGUAUGACCAUAAACGCCUCACGAUGCGGGGGGUUUCAGUACGAGCUGCUCGAAAAGUACGGUGCCUCUUGGGGGCCCUAUCUGCAUGCAUUGUUCGGUCGCCUCUUCUGCGUCCUCCCUGUUGCAACCCUCAUCAACGACGUGGUUCUGGUCAUCCACGGGGGAAUCGGUCGAGAUCCCGAGAAUCAGCUAAGCCACUUGCGGAACCUGGAUCCAGAACUGCGGGAGGCUUCCAUCAACCCAUGGGGCCUGGAGGGUGAUGCAGGCAUGGAUGCGCUGGUGGAUGCCUUGUGGUCCGAUCCCAGCGACGUGCCCGGAAGCCGUCCCAAUGCAAGGGGAACUGGACACAUCUGGGGCCCAGACUACACCAAUAGAUUCUGCCAAAGCAACGACUUGAAGCUAGUGAUUCGUUCCCACCAAGUCCCUUUGGACCAGAGCGGCGUGUGCGUGCACAAGGCGCACAAGCAGCUCAUCACGGUCUUCAGUGCUUCCAACUACAGGGGCCGACAGAACCGGGCUGGCGCAGUGAUCCUGCAGCCGGGAGCGAGCCCAAGCUCCCUGGAAGCCUUGUGCCACGACCUGGGUCGGUGCCCUUCUUGGCGGGUGCUUUCAAAAUCUGCCAACCUGAGGCCGCGCACCAAGCUCGGGGACACCGUUGAUGAUGAGCUCGUGGCAGAGCUGAUGCAGCACUCCAUGGGCCUGCUGGCGGAGUGGCGCCUGCCGCUCUGGGAGGCCUGCACGCGCGAAGACCCUCUCCUCAAAGGGGUGAUCACUUUGUCGAAGUGGCGGCAGAUUUGUCGCAGCACGACGAGCAUUUACAUCGACUGGAUCUUGGUGGCUCGCCUUGUGGGUGGUGCGAGUCAAAACCAUCUGCGGUACAUGGAGACGCUCAAUCGCUUUGGCUUCGAGAUCGCUUCGCAGGUCGUUGAGAGCCGGUUGGCCGGCUCUGUGUUGGCUUCCAUUUACCUGACCAUGAUGCGGGCAGACGAAUCCUUACAUCAUCUUAUGGGUAACCUGUGCCAGGCGGGUCAGCGAGCGGCGCCGGCUCGACAGCUCUUGGAUGGUCUCUGUGAGAUUCUGCAUCGAAAUGCUGUGACUGGACCUGAGACGGCUGCGGUGCUGCGCAGCAUGGAAGCGCACAUUGGCGGUCGGCGGACGUCCACUUCAAUCGACGUUGCCGACUUUCUGUCUGCCUGGCGAUGUGCUGCAGGUGUCUCGGCGGAGCUGACCCCCGAGCAGUCGGAGCUUUCUGCAAAGAUCUCGCGUCUUCUGGGCUCAGACCGACGGACACGCAAGAGGAUCAGCAGUCUGGCACCUGCUUCUUCCACCACGCUGAUGGACUUCUUCACUUUGGCAGAUGCUGACGGUGACGGGUACAUGUCCAUUGAUGAGGGCUUCGAAGCUCUAGCCAAGCACAUGCAGCAGACGACGGGGCGAAAGGUGAAUGACAAGGAAGCCGAAGAAUUACAAAAGGUGUUGCAAGUGGCUGACACGACUGGAUCAGGCAAGCUGAACUACUUGGAGUUCUUGCUCCUCUUUGAUCGGCAGUCACCACGCUCUCUUACACACCAAGCUCUUCUCGAUCUUCUGUGCUUCCAGGUGUGGGCUCACCGCAGCGCCUUGUCGGGCCUCUUUCGGUACAUUGGCCGCAGUGGCCUCAUAUCGAGAGACCAGGUGAAAUGGAGCCUGGAAACCCUGAACUCUUCCAUCCACGGCGACCUCUUGCAGGCCAACAUCGAGCAAAUUGUGAAAGCAGUCAAGUUCAAAGAUGACUUGGUUGCUGCGGAGGAACUUCUCAGUUCACAGCGCAGUGACGGCAAAAGUUGCAUUCUUGCGAGUCUUCGGAGUGUAUACGUACCACAAGGUUUUCUCUGGCAAGAGCUUUUUGCUGGCACUUCCCAUUCAUGUGGGAUUAUCAACACUGGCGAGACCCUUUGCUGGGGCAGAACGCGAGAGGGGCAGUGUGACGUGCCACGAGGAUACAGCUUCGUGCGCCUCACUCUGGGGGAGGCCUUCACCUGCGGAUUGACCGCAAAUGCUGAGUUGCUGUGCUGGGGAUCGAGCCUGGACUUCGAGCUGGAGGUUCCGCCUGGAAAUACAUGGCUGCAAGCCGAUGCUGGAACCGUUCACACCUGUGCAGUGAACACGACUGGCCAGAUGCAUUGCUGGGGCAAGCAAGGCUAUGGCAGGCAGGCGAUUCCGUACCAAGAAAAUGGAGAUGUGACUUGGGAGGCCGUCGCAUGCGGGGAUAGGCAUUGCUGCGGCAUUGCUGCACAGACUUCACUGCAAGCUUUGAGCUUACGGCAGGAGGACAACGUGAUAUGCUGGGGGGACGAUUCAGAGCUCCAGCUGCAAGUUCCAGGGAAGGACCAGGGCCGGAGCGGCGUGCAGGAGACCUUUAGCUCCAUCUCUGCCGGCAACUUUCACACCUGCGGCUUAACCCUGGGCAUGGACGUGUGGUGUUGGGGCCGAGUCAACCUUUAUCGCUUGGAUUUCAGGACGCCUUCGAAUGCCACGAUGUUGAGCAGCGGCGGCAUCCAUGCUUGUAUCCUCGACAUCAACCAGAAGGCCAGAUGCUGGGGAGGUGACAACGUUGGCCAGGCAGACGUGCCGCUAGACUCUGCAACCUAUCCGCCUUCAAUCCUCGACUACUCAAACGAUCCGCUUGACAUUAACGGUGAGGAUCCGAGUAUGCGGAUCUAUGAGUAUGUUCCAGGCUACUCCACGCCACUGAGGACGAAGCAGCACGUUAACAUGGCAAUCUUUUUUCCGGAGUUUGCCCUUACUGACUCAGCCACGCUGACAUUCACGCAUUUGGACGGCUCUGAGGACCCUUAUUCCCCGCAUGUCAUCCAGUUCCCAGACUCUUGGAACGCGCCCGUCAUCAACGAGCUGAACAUCUCAGCCUUCGACCUCUCGCAUUGGUACGACCUUCGCUUGGGACCAUCUCCCGCCAUCCGCAACAUCACUUCAACGUAUGUCAACGGAUCCACCCAACACCAAUUGGUGGAUGGCGGCGCCUACUCGGUUGUUCUGCGGUAUCAGGAUUCUUUCGGCCAUCCGCCAGCGAUUCACUGGCUGCAGAGGUAUGAGGUGUCGUACGAUCUAGAGACUUUACCGCCGACGCUGAUAGAACCAGUGCCGGGAUUUACAAAGCAGGCGCUGCGAGUGUCCUACACGCUCCAAGAGGACAUGUUCCCAGAGUCGGUGUGGCUGACGCUGACGUUCAUCGGGGCUUUUCCGGGCUUCGGCCACCAAGUGCAGGAUACAAACUCGCCCUACGAGAUCCAACUGAGCCAGGACCUCACUCACCAGGGCACCUAUGCUUUCGACCUUAACCUGGGUGAGCUGAAUGCAGACUUAGCUGGAAGGAGAUCGCCAUAUGUCCGUCGUGUGCUCACAGCCAGUGGUAUCGGUGGGCCUGGCACGCGUCUGGUUACUGGAGGCCGAUACAAUGUAACCUUGCGAGUUGCCGACCGGUACAACAAUGCGCCCAUGUUUGACCAAGUCUCCGACAUCGACUUCGUUUGGGACAUUGCCACGGAAGUGACACAAGUUACCGAGCCGACGACGGUGCUGAACAGCCCCAUCGUCAUUGAGUACACCCUGACGGAGCGUGCCCUGCCAGGCUCACUGCGAUUUGACAUCAUCUGGCUGCGAAGCUUGGCCCCAGCAGACCCGCAAAGUCCGCACAGCUUCGUCGUCUAUCCUGCGAAGGAGCAGUCGAGCAUCGAUGGGAUAUCGUCCAACAUCUUGAGGUUGAGCCCUUCCAAUCUGUUUCGCGACAUCAACGAUGAGGCCCUGGCGCACCCGGACAUCAGAAUCUUUGAGUCGAAAGGGACCCCGGUCUAUUCUUUCUUGCAGCCUCUCUCGGAGUACCUGCUUUCCAUCUCAUACCAGGACCUCUUCGAGAACACGAGGAGUUACUUGAACCGCACCUUGCGGACGAACUUCACUGUGCCUUUCACACCCCAAGCUCCGACGUUGAAGAGCAGGACCACGAGCACCUUGGAGGUUGCCUGGGUAAGGGGCUUUACCGGCGGCAUGCGAAUUUCGGGCUACGACCUGCAGCUUCAAAUGGCCCCGGGCCCACCGACCCCGUGGUGGAACGGUCCGCGUCUGAAAGCCGGGCAGUGCCCUUCGACAUGUCUUUCUCCUGGAACCAGCUGA